AUGUCUCAAUCAAAUAAGACUUUAAAGCGUACAUUAUCAAAUAUUACUGAUUAUCCACAAAAAAGAACAAAAGUUGAUACAAAAAAUUUAAAACAAUUUUCGGUUCACCCGUUAGCAAGAUUUAAUGGACCUUGCACAACUUUUAAACAACCAGUUGAAAUUAUGAGUUUUAGUUAUGAUAAUGAACAUUGUGAUUUAUCUCAUGGGUACGAAACAUUUGUACAAAGAGAGCAAAGUGGACCGGAACCUAUACAUUCUCUAUUAGAUUCAUUGGAUAAUAUUCAAAAAAAAUAUGCUGACAAGAACUUAAUAAAAGCUGAUUUAAUCACUUGGCGUGGAGUUUUUACAAAAAUCUUAUGCACUCCAUAUAAUAGGAAUGAACCUUGGGAAUUAGGUGCCACUUUAUGGAAUAAUACAAUUUUUAUAGAAGAACAUGAUACAGAAUAUACAAAGGAACAUUCAACUGGGACUACACCAAGACAAAAAUUAAUGAGUUAUUGGGGAUAUAAAUUUGAAAAUCUAAGCACAAUUACCAAAUUACCAUCUGAAAUUAUUUCUUCAGAUGAUCCCGAAUUAAUUAAUCGAAAAACUACAAUAGUAAAUACAAAUGUGCAAUAUUGUUCAGUAGCUAAAACAUCAUUAGGAAAUAAUAAACUAAUUAUGGGUGCUGAAAUUGAUUGUCUUUGUGAUGUCAAACCAGAAAAGCCAGCUAAUCCUGUAGAAAAAUAUAUUGAAUUGAAAACUUCCAAAGUUAUUGAAAAUGAAAAAGACACAUUUAAUUUUGAAAGAUAUAAACUUAUAAAGUUUUGGGCUCAAUCAUUUCUGAUCGGUGUUCCAAAGAUAAUUGUUGGAUUUCGUGAUGAUAAAGGUCGUGUUAUGAAUGUUCAAGAAUUUAAAACUAUGGAAAUUCCUAGAAUAGUCAAGGGAAAAAAUGGGAUGUGGAAUGCGACUGUCUGUUUAAACUUUGCAAAUGAAUUCUUUGAGUGGUUAAGAACAGUAAUUGUUAUUGAUGAUCCUAAUUCAUCUUACACUAUAUCUUUUCAAUCUCCAUUUAAAGACAUUAAAGUAGAAUUCGUAGGUAAAAAGAACUCUGUGUUGGCUGAAAGACAUAUAGAGUCUUUAAAAUUU